GAAUGAGGGGCCUCCGUCUCACUGCCUCACGAGGUCAGCCAUGCCACUAUGGAGUCAUGAGUCUUAUAGCCUUGACUUUCCAUGUUGCUUUAUUAAGUUUGGUAUCACUGCAUUUGCCUGUCUGUCUUGGCAAGGUGACCUCUGAUACACCUGCGGCCAACCCCCUUCUAUGCAUCCAGGUUUCUGGCUAUCACCACUUUUGUCAUCUAUCUCAAUGUCAUAUUCAGUCUGUCAAUAUCAGUUCAGCUUUGAACCUGGUUGGUUUGUGGACUAUCCAGUAAUUUCUCACUCAUAUCCUGGAUCGAAGCUCACCACUCAGCCAAACCUUGGUCUGCUCGAUCGUCGCGAAUGGGCUAGGCUUACCGACCACGUCGAACAAUUAAACCGCCGGAGCGAUCCGGGUAUCUCACAUAAAAUAUUGCUGGUCGCGCGACAUGGUCACGGUGUUCACAACGAUGUGAUGGAGGAGGUUGGAUCAGAAGAAUGGAAGAAACAUUGGUCAAAGCUACCCGGGGACGCAAAUAGAACUUGGCUUGACGCCGAGCUUGUUGAAAAAGGAGUUGAGCAAGCUAAAAGCCUCGGGAUGAUAUAUGCCGAGGGCAUCAAGCGUACAGGCUUCCCCGUCCCAGACACUAUCUAUACCAGCCCGCUUGCUCGAGGUCUCAAGACAACGAGCCUGAUUUUCAGAGACAUUAUCGCAGAAAAAGGGUCUGAGUUCAGACCUAUAGUGAAAGAGAAUCUUCGAGAACGACUUACCAAUCAUACAUGCGAUAAGCGGAGGGCGAGACAGUGGAUUCAAGCCUCUUAUCCUGACUAUGAGUUAGAAUCUGGCUUCGCCGAGGAAGAUGUGUUAUGGCAUGCUGAUCAAUCAGAGUCGAAUGCAGAACACGUCUCCCGGACACAAGGAGUACUUGAGGAUAUUUGGAGGCAUAAUUCAGGACCAUGUAUUUCCUUGACCACUCACUCAUUCACCAUAUCAACUAUCCUCGAAGUCAUUGGGGCGCCCGAGUUUCGGAUGGGCGAAGGCGCUAUGGUGGCAUUCUUGGUCAAAGGCGAGGAGGUCAAACCAAAAUGAGCUCCAAAAGGGAAAAUAUGACAAUAAGCAAAGAGUCCAUCCUGUUUCCUAUCAUCAACGUCGUGUAUCAUAAAGUAAGCCCCCCU